UCAAAGCUGAACUCAUUUGGUCCUUAUUAAAAUGACAUUGAAAAAUGUCAAAUAAAUGUCCUAAUUAAAGCACUUUUAUUUAACAUGGAGCGGGAUGUGGACAGACAUGUUGAGAUCACAUGACCAGACAAAUACUAAGGCUGCUUCAAUCUGAGAAGAUCCUGCUUCCACACUGGACAUUUGUUAUUACAACACACAUUAAAUUAGGAAAAAUAAUACAGAAGUAGCCCAAACAAAAGGAUUACUAUGUGCAACAUUUACCCCAAAAUUAUCUUCUGAAUUAAACAAUGAAAACAAAUUCUCACUUUAGUGGUACAUUAAUUACAAUUCAGAUAGUUAUUACACACUGAACAAAAUUAUAAAUGCAACACUUUUAUUUUUGCUCCCAUUUUUCAUGCGCUGAACUAAUGCAUCUUUCAUGCACUUCAUGGGAAAAAAGACUUUUUCUGUGUACACAUGUAUAUUUGUUAUGUCAGAAUGGCUUACGACACAUAUUAAGCUUCCACCCUCUCCAUACUUUAAUUUCUGGAUGCAGACAUUUCCUGUCCUCAUCUGACCACCACAAUAACUGUCUCACAUGCCUGGGCAUUAGCAUGCUGAGACGUGUUCGUGGGUGACCGCGUCGGCAUGCUGGUCAUGACUCGCCUUUCUUGUAAAGGCUUCAGCUCCCUUUGCUGCUGCUUGUGUGUAAAAGCACAUCCGUGGGUCUGCUCAACACCUUGGGAGACCGAGGAUUACAGUGGGAGCAAUUCCGUCUCAGUGUGUCGUGUGCCGUUGAGCUGCAAGGUGACAGCGCAGCUUCCCAUCAUGUCAACCCAGCAUGUCAUUCGGUGCUUUGGGUGAGGAUUAAUUGUCAAUAGCUGCAUCGGAGAGAGGGCUUUUGUUCUCCAGAGAGGAAGAUGACGCUCUUGACGUUCCAGAAGCACCAUCUUUGGCAAACCUAAGGUGGCCUCUUUGGGCGACAUGGUUAAGAAAUUGUGCCCAGCAGUUCUCGGCGGGUCCAGAAGCAGGCUGAGGCAAUCAAAAGCCUGUCCCAAUGUGACCUCUGCUACCAGACAGUCGUGAGCUGCCCCUCAGUCUGCUCGGCGCCAAGGGUACCCGUCUCCCUGCGGCAAAACACUAUUCCUGAGACAGAGCGGCCCUGAGAUCUUUUGCUGUUUCCUUAAAAAGAGUUCAUUUCAGCUGGCUCCACAGCCUGUGGUACCCAAAUUCUCAAUACAAAAGACCAGCUUCCUCAAUCUCUGAGAAUGAGGAUGCCGUUUGGCAGUAAGCAACGCUAUGCCUUACCACUCUCAUCCGCCUCUUUCAUCAGCAGGCACUUCCUUGUGGGAAAAUUGGAGCCAGUGUUACACCACAAUCACGACCCCACUCCAGGACACUUUGCCUGCCAGGUUGGGCCCCUGUGCUCCACCUCGCUGCCCCACUGUGGGAACGUCUGUAGUCUCAUUGGUGCCACUCAUACAGUGUCUGGCAGUCUGGCUAGCACCAGACACAAAAGACACAAAACUAAUUCCCUAUGAGUGCUUUGUAAAAUAAUUUGUGUGUAAAAUAUGUAGUCUGUCUUUACAAAUUGAUAUUGUCAACCACUGGCCAGGUCAUGAAUAAUAGUGUUUUAGUCAUUUUCGCAAAUCCAUGUGAACGGAGAUCACUUUGACAUCUUUGUCAUCUGUACAUCUUAGCACAUUGUUGUCGUGUAAAUGUACCCUAAGACACAAAAGCUGCAUUUACAGACCUGAUGGUUCUGAAAGAGGAGAGUGAAGUACUGAAUGAAAUGGAUGUGAAAGAUCAAUAUAACAGUCAUCAUGAUUUGAUUACUGGGGAAAAACCUUGUAGUUACUCACAGACUGAACAGACUUCCGCUCAACAAAAGGGGACUAGAAAUAAUUUCUUCUGCCAACAGUGUGAAAAGAGUUUCAAUAGAAAAGGAAACUUUGACAGACACAUGAAAAUUCACAAUGAAGAGAAUCCUUUUACAUGCAAACAGUUUGAAAAUGGAUUCAAUCAAAAAGAAAGCCUUAACAGGCACAUGAGAACUCAGAAUAGAGAGAAUCCUUACACCGGACAUCUGUGCAGAACAAGUUUCACUCUGAAAGGAAGCUUUUACAGGCUCAUGGAAAUUCCCACUGAAAAGCCUUUCACCUGCCCUCAGUGUGGAAAAAGUUUCACUCAGAAAGGACAUUUUAAAGACCACAUAAGAAUUCACACUGGAGAGAAACCUUUCACUUGCCAACAAUGUGGAAAAAGUUUCAACCGAAAAGGAAUCCUUAACAGGCACAUGCAAACUCACAAUACAGAGAAGCCUUACAUGUGCCCUCAGUGUGGAAAGAGUUUCAGUGAACAUGGAAACUUUGAAGUCCACUUGAGAACUCACACUGGAGAGAAGCCUUUCACCUGCCAGCAUUGUAAAAAAAGUUUCAACCAAAAAGGAAUCCUUAACAGGCACAUGAACAUUCACACUUGAAAGUAGCUGUGUAUAUAUGGUCAGUAUGGAAAGAGUUUCAGAUUUACAGAAAACUUAAAGUACCAGGAGUAAUUGUGUACGAGAGAACGUGUGGAAUGAGUUUUACAGACAGGAAACACUUUAGGUACAUGUAAUAACUCACACCAGAGAGAAGCCUUCCAUGUUCAUCACUGUGGAAAGUCUUGCAAAAAUAAAGCAAACCUUGAGGUUCACACAAGUGUCCUGAUAUACUCAGGCAGAGUUGUUUUUGGUUCUUUGCUUGGGGGUUAAAAGAAGUUCAAAAUAUGUGAGCAGCGGACUGAGGGGGCUUUUGCUCUGACAGUUUAGUUUGAAACAAGGCACGGUUCACGUGAAAAAUUGCUAAUGUGAAAGCUGUCAUGCGAACCUGUGUGCGCACCGGGGUACCGAACCCCAGAGUUCUUGCGGGGAGGAGAAAAUCAUUUUAAGUUUCAGAUUGUGAAACAAAAAAUAUGAAAUGUUUUACUUGCCCUCAAGCCAUCCUAGGUGUAUAUGACUAUCUUCUGUCAGACGAACACAAUCAGAGAUAUAUUUAAAAAUAUACCCCCGAGAGAUUCAGGAAAGACAGAGAAUACUGAUCCCACUUAUGAAGCAAUUCCACCAAAAUGUAAGAAAAGAUGUCCUCACUGUAGACUGACUAUACCUUAAUGGGAAGCUUUACAGGAAUGACACUAUAUCAUGGUUAUAAUCAUUAAGAAAGAGGUAAAGGGGACAAAAUGUCACCAAUGUAUGCUAAAUAAACACCUGUCUGCCACAUAAAAAAGUCUGUACUCAUUUAAACAAGAAAGGUUUUCAAUGUUUUACGUUGUGUUUGAUAAUGAUUGUGAACUGUAUGUGUAUAUUACAUUAUGUUUUAUUGUAUAUUUGGGUACAGAUGAUCAUAUUAAAUGUAGAACAAAGUAAUAUAAUAUUCAGCACAACAUCUCUGUCUGGCCUCUUCCCUGGCUUCCUCUCUGGCCAUGUCCUCCCUCAAGACAUCAAGGAAUCUCCUCUUCCUGCCCCUGCGUCUCUCUCUUUGGUCAAUGUUCACUGAUGGUCUUCAUUGAGGGGCAAGGGAGAGGAAUUUGAUGGCCCUGGUUCACCGCUGGUGGAAGAGGCCAGGGGAAUUGAAGGAUGCAGUAAAAACCUUUACUAAUACACAAUUACUAAUACACAAUUAAAACCUUUAUACUGCAUAUUGCAUACCCUCAGUUAUACACAAUUAAACCAGUUAACCAUAUGUGAUCCGGAAGGACAAUAUGUAAUCAAUAUGCCCUUA